UCCGAUUUCGUUAACAAAAUUCUCUCUGUAUCGGCCAAUUAAAAAGUUCUUUGGGCUAAACGUGGUCUGAACUUAUGUCUUUCCGGGUAAUUUUGAUCCGGGUCAAACAUGCUCAAAAUCUGUUGCAAACCUAGAAAGACUGUUGAUUGUUUUAGGUCAGUCCCAGUCUAGUGAAGUAAGCUGAAACGCUUCUCGCGCAUCGAAUUUGGUAAUUAAUCUCUCUUCCUUCCAGUACUCAUCCAGCUUUUGAUCUCUAAUAUCUACUUUUUAUGCAAUUCAUUGUUAUCAUAUUAUGGAUUCGACUUCAAAACAAUUAGCGAAUAUCUGUAAAGUAGAUAGAAUCAGUGAUUUACCUGACUCACUACUCAUCGCUAUACUUGCAUUGCUUCCAAUUGAAACUGCUGUGCGCACUUGUAUCUUGUCCAAAAGAUGGAGGCCUCUCUGCGAGUCGCUCCCGAAUCUUGAUUUUGUUGAUGUUAGGAAUUAUAGGAAGUCACGCACACAUUUCACCGACUUUGUUGAUAAAUUUUUGAUGCGUAGGCCGAUUGAUUUGAAAAUCGCUAAAUUCCAGUUAUACUUUUAUGGUGGAGAUUACUACCGGGACCGUGUUAACGAGUGGAUUAUGAAUGCGCUUGGACGUGAUUUGAAAGAGAUACAACUUUGUUUUGGGUAUCCAGACUCGUAUGAAUUGGUCCAAGAUUUUUUCUACAUGUGCACUGGUGUUGAAGUUAUUUGGCUCCGUUGGAGAAUGUCAGUUGAGAUUCCGGAGAAUGUUAAGCUUUUGAGGCUUCGGGUACUUAGAUUACUCGGUGUUACGUUUUCGAGCUAUGAGUCACUUGGGAAGCUUUUGUUAAACUGUCCUGUGCUUGAAGAUUUGGCUAUUGAAGAAUGUAAAGGGCUUACGGGCAAUUCUUUAAGUAUUUGUGGGUCUGUAUUGAAGAGGUUGACAUAUUUUGGUUCAUGUGUUGAAGAAUUCGUGCUUCGAAUUUUGAUUGAUACACCGAGGUUAGAGAAGUUCGAAAUUCUUUCUUUUACAGACGGUGAUAAUGAUAUUUUGUUCAAGGAGAACUUGCCAUUCCUCAAAAUAGCUGAAAUCGACAUCUAUAAUUAUGGGAUACCACGGGGAGUUGAUUGCAUGUUUGGGCUGCUUAAAAAGAUUAAUAAUGUCAAAUUUCUGACUUUGUCAGAUCGCACCAUGGGGGUCCUCAGGCCUGAUCCGCCUGGAUAUGUAAAUGAGUUUAUAAUAGGUCAUUAUGAGUUCCCUGCAUUCCAUAACUUAACUGAGCUGGUGCUUAACAUUGAUGAUUACUGUCAUGAAACUUUACUGGACAACUUCCUUCAAAACUCACCGAACCUUGAAAGUCUUAAAUUUCCGCAGGGUCUUGUUUCUCGUUUAUUUGCUGAUUAUUCUCACCGCUCGUGGGGCUGGUCACAAAUACGUGUUCCAGAAUGCUUAUCCGCACAUCUUAAAACAGUACAUAUUAAAAAAUUCAAUGGAAUAAAUGAGGAGUUGGCAUUUGUUAAAUUCCUACUAGGUUAUGGGAGUUCUUUGCGAAAUGUAUCAAUUGAAAUUUCAAAUUUGCCAAAAGAUGCAGAGGCCCGACAAGAACUGCUAAACUUGCAGAGCGAAUCAACAACUUGCAAGCUUAAUCUUAUAGAUGAAAAAGGGACAUGCUCACAAAGUAUAUGAGUUGAAUAUAGCUGGUUCGAUCAACUGUCUAAUUCGCAAGUGGAUAUCAUAGUUUUCAAGGUAAACAGAGACCUUACUAUAGUUCAUCCUGCAUAUUGGCUUUAGGCACGACCAUGUAAGAGGGACCAUAACACCUUUCCAUACAUACCUUGUAUAAACAAGUUUGAUCUGCACAUCAAAGCUUGGGUCCCCUAUGGAGUUUAAGAGAUCAAGCACUAUUUGUUGGCGACGGCAUUCAUCUCAUUGGAGAAGUUGGGAUGGGACAAGGAAGAAAUAUUGGAGUAUUAAUGUAUUAUCAAAUGUAAUUUAUUUUUAAUUUUGGAUGCAUUAUACUUUGAAAAUGAUGUCCUAGUACAAUUGAAGUAAAAUGUAGCUUCCAGAAACCCUGUGGCGAUAUAUUUCAAUUACACUAUAAUUCUGUGAUUAGUGAUAAAAAAAAUUGUAUAUUUGGUCGGAACCUCCUGUUGUAUAUUGUAUGAUAAAACAGAAACUACUAAUGCUGAGCCAUCUAUUUGGUUUUUGGUACA